AUGUCGGACAUGGAGGAGACUUGGCAGGACAACACUUUGCAGAGGCCACAGCCAGCCGAGAAGGACGGAGCGACUCAGAUUUGUGUGCACGCAUACGGCCGUUUGGAGGAGGUUACUGUCAAGCCGCUGACCUUGCCAGCUCUUCGGCGAGAAGCGCGACAUGCCUUUGAUCUGCCAAAUGCAGAUGUGCUUAUCAAAGGCCCAGACGGCCAGUGCCCAGACUCGGAGGACGCCUUGCGGAAUCUCGAGUCAGUUUACUUGGAGCUGCCUGACGGUGGGCUGCACGACCUCGAGCAAAGAAUCGAUCAGCUGCAGCACAUGCAGGUCAGCUACCUAUCCGAAAGACUCGCAUCGGUGGCAGAGGAGCUGGUAACGGCACAGGCUUCCAUUGCAGGCUUGACGGAUGCUCUGAUCGAAGAGCAGGCCUUUCGACAAGAGUUCGAGCAGGCAGUGCGAGGCGAAAUCAAGCACGAGAGCGGCGGCCUGGGUGCCCAAGUGAAGAAGUGGCUUGAGACCCUGGAGAAGAAGCUUUGCGGCCACUUCGAAGAUGCUUUGCACUCGCUCGAGUCGCGCGUUGUGCAGGAUUUCCAGGACCUGUGGCAGUGGACAAACGAGGAAUGUCGUAAAACCACCGACGGCCACAAGGAGCUUGAAGAGAAGGUGUCGGCGAUGAGGACAGAGGCGCGGACGCCACCAGCGUAUUCAAAGCUUUCAGCCCGCAUCGAUGACCUCUGCGAUUCCAUGGUGAAAGAGGUUCAGGAUAGAACCGCCGAAACUCAGCACCUUCGUUCAGAGUUGCUGAAGCGUGACGAGCGCACGGAGUCUCUCCGCGACUUUGGAGAGGAGCUUCACGCCGCCAUGGCAACACUGCAGCGGGGGCAGUUGCAGCAGGACUGCCCAGAUGUCUCGGCCUUCACGGCGCUGAAGCAGGCCUGUGAGGAGCUGCGACACCUCGCGGAAGAGUCCGCAGCCGACUUGGAGUUGAAGUUUGGUGAUAUGUCCCGCCGAUUGGAGGCGGCCAGCAGUGACUUGCGACAUGGCCUGGCACAGGAAGCUGCUUCCAGGACGGAGGGCGAAGCCUUCGUCGAUCAACGUUUGGCCGGCUUUGAGGCAGCACUGCGUGGUGAGGCGCAGUGUCGAAACGAGGCACUGCGACGAAUUGAGGAUCACAUGCAAGCAGCUGCGGUUGCCAAAGAAGCUUGUGGUCCCGACUCUGGGGAGACUCCACCCGUCACGGCUCCUGAGGAAGUUCAGGUCGCAAGAGAGGAGCAAGAGCUCAACCAGCUCUUGGAGGAUCAGUCCAGAAGGAUGGCCGAUGCUGUCGCGGUGGAGACUCGGCGCCGUGAGGAGGCCCUGCAGCAGCUCCGCGAGGACUGCCGAGAAUCCAUCCAGCGUGAAGUGCGGUCUCGUCUUCAGGACCAUGCGAAGCUGCGACAAGAGUUGGAGAUGGAGAGGAAGACUCGCAAGGAAGCUUUCGGAAUGAUCCAGAAAGCAAUGAGCCAUUGCGGCACAGCUUGA